UGGGAGGAAUGCUUGCUUAAUUAAUAAGAUGCUAAUCACGGGUGAAGGAACUAAGAUUUUUUUUUUCUUCUUUUUUCUUCUCUCCCCUCCUUCCCCCAGGUGUCUGAGCGUACCUUGGCAGAGAAGAUUAGAUGCAAGAUGGGGAAGAUGGAGGGCUCGUUCUGAGAUCACCUCCUUCUUCUCUUUCCUUUUCUGCCUCCCUUUGAAAGGGGGAGAGAGAUAAUCAUUCUCAUACAUUUAUCUUUAAAAACUCAGAGGCUGGAACUGGAGCUCCCUUCAAUCUGGCUGUGUGUUUAGUAUGCGGUUUGUGCCUCUUCACUAAUGAGAGGGAGAAUGGGAACCCAGGGAAGCCCUGUGAAGAGCUAUGAUUAUCUGCUCAAGUUCUUGUUGGUAGGAGACAGUGAUGUUGGUAAAGGAGAAAUCCUGGAGAGCCUUCAAGAUGGAGCAUCAGAAUCCCCUUAUGCCUACAGCAACGAUCUGUCAGGGAAAAGUGGACAACUGAGAGGAAUUGACUACAAGACCACUACCAUCUUGCUGGAUGGCAGAAGGGUCAAGCUGGAACUCUGGGACACAUCAGGGCAAGGAAGAUUUUGCACCAUUUUCAGAUCCUACUCUAGAGGAGCCCAGGGAAUUCUCUUGGUGUAUGAUAUCACUAAUCGCUGGUCGUUUGAUGGGAUAGAUCGAUGGAUAAAGGAAAUAGAUGAGCAUGCCCCGGGUGUCCCUCGGAUCCUGGUGGGAAACAGGCUUCACCUCGCCUUCAAGCGGCAAGUACCAACAGAGCAGGCCCGGGCCUAUGCGGAGAAGAACUGCAUGACAUUUUUUGAGGUCAGCCCACUGUGCAACUUCAACGUCAUAGAAUCCUUCACAGAAUUGUCUCGUAUUGUGCUCAUGCGGCAUGGCAUGGAGAAGAUCUGGAGACCCAACAGAGUGUUCAGCUUACAGGACCUGUGCUGCCGAGCCAUUGUGUCCUGCACCCCAGUUCACCUCAUUGACAAGCUGCCAUUGCCUGUCACCAUCAAGAGUCAUCUGAAAUCCUUCUCUAUGGCAAAUGGGAUGAAUGCAGUGAUGAUGCAUGGCCGGUCAUAUUCUCUGGCCAGCAGUGGGGGUGGGAGCAGCAGCAAAGGUAACAGCUUGAAGAGAUCCAAAUCCAUUCGUCCACCCCAGAGCCCCCCACAGAACUGCUCACGCAACAACUGCAAGAUUUCUUAGCAGGAUGGACGCACCAUGAGCUUCUUAAUAUGUCCACACCUACCCACCGAUGUACAGAUGUUUGCACACACAACCCUUUUCAACUGGAUCCUUUCGGAUAGGCCUUGGUUGCUUUUCCAACGGUGCACACAAGACUGGGAACGUGCUCAUGUUUGGUUUUCUAUAUGAAGUGUGGUGCCGGCUGGAUCUCAUUGGACUGGCAGGGAGAGGAGUCUGCCAAGUGCCCCUCUAAGAAUGCUUUAGGCUUUACCUCUCAGCCUGGGGUGGAAAAUUCAACAGCUGCUGGGUUGGGGUGGGAGGGAAAGGGAAAAAGCUCAUCCAGUCUCAGUAGAGAAAUGGAUUUAAUGGAAGAUUGAGAGGCUUAAGGGAGUAGGCAAAGAGAGUCUGUGCUGCAACUUUAACUCUUGGACUCCUGAACAGAUAGCUGGUGCAAUAGUGAUUGUUGGAUGUAGGAAAAAAAGAAAUGGGGGCAGGGGACUUAUGACAGUUUCAACCAGGAUGUCAACAUGCUGU